CAGUACAAAAUUAAAUUGCAUGAGGGUUGAGCCAAGUCCUGUGUUGGUGAAACAGGAUGCUCUAGCUGGCAUCAGACAAGGACCAGACACCCCCAGGUUGCCACCCAGUCAUUCACGGCCAGGUGGCACACACGUAUCAGCCCCAACAAGAUCACAAGCCAGUCCUUUAGUGGACAAUCUAAAACAGGACACCCAUGCAACACAUGGCAGCCAUCACUCCGAUGUCCAACGGUUGGACAUGCAAAAUAAUUCUCCCAGACAAUAUAGGACAUCGUUAAUGGAGAGACAAAAACUUGACCAGUGUACUAAUUCCCCCAGAGUAAAUGGCGCAUCAAGCUUUCACAAGCCUGACCUUCAAAGGCCUGUAGGAGACUAUAAAAGUGUAGCACAACAAAGUAAUGGUCAGAAAACUAUUCCGGAUGUCCAGAAACCACAGGAGAGUCCUCAGAACAACAUGCGCCUGUCUCUGGAGGCCAAUGCUCUGUUGAUGCAGAAAGGUAAACUGAGAGCAGUGCAGACAAGGGAGCCGGCGCCAUUGUUGGGUGUGGUCAGGGAGGAGGGUCAGAUGCCGUCUGUGGCUAACAUCUUGAAGAAGGCACUGAUUGACCGCAGGUUUGCUAUGGGGGUCAACGAGGACAGUGCAGAGUUCACACCUGAUGUGUCCUGGUCCUUACAAGAUGAGGACAGCUGAUCUAUUUAUAGACACUGAUGCACCACAACACAACUAACAUUAUAUUGUAGGAAUGAACUAUACGUAGAUAUACCGUAGAUAUUACAAGCAUAUACUCAAGAUGUUACUGCUGUCUCAAGCAAGUAUUGUAUUAAGGUGAAGGUUUAUGCAAGUUUAUAGAUGGUUGUUAAUGUAUGAAAAUUAU